AACCUUGCAGUGGUAAAAGUAAUAACAGACGGGCGUACUGGAAUGUGACUUUUGUACUGUCCAAGGCCUCUUUGAUCGAGUGGAAGGUGGUUCGGCGUACGUACGUUAAGGAUGCAGCUAUGAGUGAAAGCGAAAAGAGACAAGCUGACCGGGCCAAGAUCGCGGUUCAGCAUUGCCGUCUAUGAGUACUUUAAAAUUGUACUACUUCUAUCUUCUUCUAUUCAUUACGUUUGUACAACUUCGCCUUAAAUUGUCUAUGAUUCAUUUGACAUUGACAGUUCAUGCCCCCUCCUAUUUUCUCCUUCCUUCAAUUUCCCACCAUCUUAUUCGUCACCGUCAGUCAGUUCUGAUAAGUGUCCGUUAGUACGUGGUUGUGUACAUCUAUAAAUAGUUUCAGAUUUGCAGUUUUUAAACAUCCUGAUUACCCAAAACAAAAGCGGAGUUUAUAUCAUGUGGCCGCCGGUCAGCGAGCUUCUAAUGCCGUUGCCGUCUACUACAACCGAGGUCACACAGAAUGAAAACCAACCAGAGCUGCAAGGCAGCUCACAAACUGUCGAUUGUCGUACAAGAGACAGGCUUAGUAUUAGGCGUUCCUUGCGUCGGGUAGCUCGCACUGAACCGUUGUACAGGAGAGCGAACGACGUCAGACAACAACCCUACACGAUCAGCGGCACUCAGCGGCACAGCGAUCCGGCUGCUACGGCCACGGCGGACCAGGACCAGACUUUACAAUUAGGAAUAACUAUUGACGAUAUUCAAGCUGCAGGAAUUCUUAUGUUAUUUUCCAAAAGCCAUACAAUUCAAGGUGGUGAAUUAAGCUCGCAUCAAGAGGAUCCCGUUAAUCCUACAACACAAAGCGCAAUGUUGUCAAAUAACAGUUCAGCGUCGCUUAACGUCUGCAUAGCUCCGACAAAUUGGUUGCAAACAUUAAGAAGGCAACCGCGGCAGAGACUGUUGCGGGUUCUUCGUAAUUUAUCGAUACCACCAUUUGAUUUGACGCGCGAGGUACGAGUUUGGAAAAGCGACGUGAACAACCACUUGAUGAUGUCGUGCAUGAUGGUGACGCACGUGGUGCCGAGCGUGCCGGUACCGCUAGUUCUGCAGCAGGCGAUGCACGUAGCGGGUCAGCUAGUGAACCUCGCGUACCUUAAGAAGAUGCCCAAGGAGCAGGACAUCUGCUGCGCGGACUGCGGCGCGCUGCCCGCGCUGCCGGUCACCGGCCAGUGCGGACACACCCGCUGUAUACAAUGCAUCAAAAGCAAUUCGUCGUGUACGUGCGGCGAGCCGGCACCGGCCGAGCUGCACGUCGACACCUGCGUCCAGCACCUCAUCGGCAAAAUACUAUCGAACAAACAACCGUCCAGGGUUGCCUUGAGAGCAUCGGAGCGACCACCUGUUAGAGGACAGCCACUGCAUGAUUUUGUCUGCGCGAUUCUCGGCAGGGUUAUACAAGAGAAUUGUCAAGCAUUGGCACGCCGUCGUACAGUUGCACAACGCUUGUCGCGUGGCCUUCGCGUCUCACUUACCAUCUCUCCUGAUAGCUUCACCGCGCCCGACGUGCCGGCGCGCUUGCCAAUGACCCCCCAGGCGCGCGUGCUGCACGCGUGCGAGCUGAUCCGGCGGCAGCGGUACCUGGAGGCGGCGCCGCACCUCGCGCGCGCUGCUACCUAUAAGGAGUUUGACGUCGCCAGUAAACUGCUCGUACAGACAAUAGCGCUUCUGCUGGAAGAGCAGGAGCCGGAGCAGCUGACUCGAGAGCUGUCGGCGGCGGUGGGCGGGCAGGCGGCCGACACGUGGCUGACGCCUGCCGACCUGGAGUGCGUGCUGUGCCGCGACGCGUUCGUGGCGCCCGUCACCACGCCGUGCGGCCACACCUACUGCCGCAGCUGCAUCGCCUGCUCCUUGGACUACAGGAAGGCCUGCCCCCUUUGCAUGCGCGAUCUCACCAACUUUAAUCUCGCAUUGACUCGAACAUCGGGGUUCAUAAGCGCAGCGCUGGCGUCCAUCAACUUGCUGCCGCCGCCGCCGCCGCCGCACGAUCCCAACGUCGUGCCGGUAUUCAUCUGCGUCACUGCGUUUCCCAAAGUGCCGUGCCCGCUGCUGAUCUCCGCGCCGUGCUACCGCGUGUUCAUCCGGCGGAUCCUGGAAUCCGGCUCGCGACGCCUCGGCAUUGUGGCCAGGAACGAGGACCACACAGACUCCUACGGAACGAUGUUGGAAGUACGCGACUGUGUAGAGUGCGGAGACGGGCGAAUCAUCUUGUCCACGAUCGGCGUUUCACGAUUCAAAAUUGUUGAACGGCUGAGGGACAGUUGCUUGGCCAGGGUGGAGACUCUGACUGAUAAGAUCCCCGAAGACCACUUCAGCAUCGGUAUAAUGCGUGACUUGGGUCUCGACGUGGUACUAAUGUCCCUGCUUUGGCUGAAGAACUUAAAGACCAGCGUGCUCUGGAAGCUGGAGCGCGCGUUCGGCAAGAUGCCGCUGAGGGCGGAGGAGGAGUGGUGGCGGAACCCGGACGGGCCGGACUGGCUGUGGUGGCUGGUGGCCAGUCUGCCGCUCGCGCCUGAGCUACAGAGCAUGAUGAUUGCGAGCAACAACCUGCUGUCGCGACUGCGCGUCAUGCAGCGCACGCUGCAGCUGGUGACCAACACGCCCGCCACCGGCCCCUUCGCCUACUCGUCGCUGCGGAACGACGCGCAGUAGCGCCCAAGUUGGCCGGCCCAGCACUCGCGCGACUCUACAAAAAAGCAGGGUUAUAAUUGUGAUUGUUACUACUUAUCACUGUAUACGGCACUCGCUAAUCUAAUAAUAACAUUCCAUGCAAUGCCCCGACAUCAAUUAAAAUUAUUUCUUACAAUGUG